CCCCAAAGUGUGGAGCAGGAGCGCGGGGGAGCGCGGCGGCGGCGGCGCCUCCUCUGCCACCAAACUCCGGGGCUCGGCGGGGCUUGGGGCCACCUCCUCCUUAGCCAGGAGGAACCUUCUCCCAAUAGGUUGCAGCCUGACUUUUUCCUUCCCAUUUCUUUCUUCUUUCUCUCUCUUUUUAAAAAAUACACUUUUCCUGCCUUUGGACCUCAGACUGCUGCAGCCCGAGCAUUCCCGGGGCUCAGUUCUUGGGGGCUGCCCAUCCCUCCGGCUGCAAGCAAGGACGCGCGCCCUGCGUCGGGCGAAGAAAAGAAGAAAAACUUGUCAGAGGGGUUUCGCUUGCCCACAGUAACCCUCUUCCCACAAACCUAAACAUCCCGCGGGGGCCAUCCCAAGACUGUGUAAAGUUCCUUCCGAGCCAACAGCCCUCUUGGAUUUGGAGGAGGCAACGGCGCUAGCUGUGGAAUUAGAUCUGUUUUGUACCCAGUGGAGCGCAUCGGGGGAGCUCGGAAGUCACAGUCUGCGGGUACCCGGGUGGCGCUGCCUGUGCGGAACGGAGAGUUUGCCAGCCCCGGCUGCAAGUGGCCUUUCGUCUCCGCAGUUGUUGUUCUGUGUCUGGGGUGAGGGCUGCGAGUGUUGUGGCAAGUUGUGAAGAGAGACCUGGAGGUCCGGAGAGGACUGCACUCCCCCUGGCACUCCCUUCUUCCUCUUCCCGGCUCCCCGGUGUGAAAUCCCAGCGAAAUUUACAAAGGCCUCUUGCGUCCGGCCGACACCGGUCCUCGGCGUUCGGCCCCGUUGUCCCCAUUCUCAGCGGGAGCCCCGGAGCACAGGGCGCCAGGGAAGGACUGGCGGGGAGGAGGAGGGAGGUCGCGGCGGCGGCAUGGCGAGGUUCCCAAGGGCCGACCUGGCUGCUGCAGGAGUUGUGUUACUUUGCCACUUUUUAAUGGACCGGUUUCAUUUCGCUGAAGGGAAGCCUGGAAGCCAAGUCAAUGAUUGGCACUAUCAUGUUGCUCAGGCCUUCCCACAAACAGAAGAGGAGGUGGACGUGGACUCACAUGCUUUCAGCCACCGGUGGAAAAGGAACCUGGAUUCUCUCAAGGCGGUAGACUCAAACCGAGCCAGCAUGGGCCAAGACUCCCCAGAGCCCAGAGGCUUCACGGACCUGCUACUGGAUGAUGGGCAGGACAACACCACCCAGAUUGAGGAGGACACAGAUCAUAAUUACUAUAUAUCUCGGAUAUAUGGUCCAUCUGAUUCUGCCAGCCGGGAUUUGUGGGUGAACAUAGACCAAAUGGAAAAGGACAAAGUGAAGAUUCACGGGAUACUGUCCAACACUCACCGGCAAGCUGCAAGAGUGAAUCUGUCCUUCGAUUUCCCAUUUUAUGGCCAUUUCCUCCGUGAAAUCACUGUGGCAACUGGGGGUUUUAUAUACACUGGAGAAGUUGUACAUCGCAUGCUAACAGCCACACAGUACAUAGCACCUUUAAUGGCAAAUUUUGAUCCUAGUGUAUCCAGAAAUUCAACUGUCAGAUAUUUUGAUAAUGGCACAGCGCUUGUUGUCCAGUGGGACCAUGUACAUCUCCAGGAUAAUUACAACCUGGGAAGCUUCACAUUCCAAGCAACCCUCCUCAUGGAUGGACGCAUCAUCUUCGGAUAUAAAGAAAUUCCUGUCUUGGUCACACAGAUAAGUUCGACCAACCACCCAGUGAAAGUGGGGCUGUCAGACGCAUUUGUCGUCGUCCACAGGAUCCAACAAAUGCCCAAUGUUCGAAGAAGAACAAUUUAUGAAUACCACCGAGUAGAACUACAAAUGUCAAAAAUUACCAAUAUUUCAGCUGUGGAGAUGACCCCAUUGCCUACCUGUCUCCAGUUUAAUGGUUGUGGCCCGUGUGUAUCCUCUCAGAUUGGCUUCAACUGCAGUUGGUGUAGUAAACUUCAAAGAUGUUCCAGUGGGUUUGAUCGCCAUCGGCAGGACUGGGUGGACAGCGGAUGCCCUGAAGAGUCCAAGGAGAAGAUGUGUGACACCACAGAGCCAGUGGAAAGCUCCACGCGAACCACCACAACCAUACGAGCGACAACCACACAGUUCAGGGUCUUGACGACCACCCAAAGAGCAGCCACCUCCCAGCUGCCCACCAGCCUGCCCACAGAAGAUGAUACCAAGAUAGCUCUACAUCUAAAAGAUAAUGGAGCCUCAACAGAUGACAGUGCAGCUGAGAAGAAAGGCGGGAACCUCCAUGCUGGGCUCAUUGUUGGAAUCCUCAUCCUGGUCCUCAUUAUAGCUGCUGCCAUCCUUGUGACAGUCUACAUGUACCAUCAUCCAACGUCAGCAGCCAGCAUCUUCUUCAUUGAGAGACGCCCAAGCAGAUGGCCUGCAAUGAAGUUUCGAAGAGGUUCUGGCCAUCCUGCCUAUGCUGAAGUCGAACCAGUGGGAGAGAAAGAAGGUUUUAUUGUCUCGGAGCAGUGCUAAGAUUCCCGGGGCACAACAGCACCGUGCUGGCUUACAGGUGUUAAGACUAAAAUUUGCCUAUACCUUUGAGAAAUACACACACACACAGACACACACAGACACACAGACACACACACACACACACACACACACACACGAGCCCUGAGCUGCUGUAGCCGGAAGGAGAUGAGAUUUCUGGACAAGCCCAGCCCAGGAAGGGUAAAAGAAAAACUAAAACUCAUACAGGAUAUGAUACCAUUUCCCACUGAACAUAGAAUUCCCUCGUGGAAUGAGCUCUGUAGUUCACUCGGCAAAUCUCCUGUGGACUUGUCAGCAAUCCGACAAGAUUUCAGUGCUGUUGGCUUAAGGUGCAGGGUUGCAAAGGGAUCGAGAAAAAUAAUAAUAAUAAAGCUUUAGUUCAUGAGGGAUCUACACCUUUGGUUCAGAUAUUCUUCUCCGGUAACUGUGUUCCAAAGCCUGAGCCCAUUCACUCAAAAGAGCAACGAUGAAUAUUCCAAGAUUUCUGAGAGGAGUAGCUGAUGCAGGAGCAAAAACAAUCACAGAAUCAGAUUUUCUAUCUUUUCACCAGACACGUGGCUAAAGGAUUUUGUUUUUCGGGUCAAGCUCCACCUGUUCCAACAAGGUGGAUGCACCUUCUGUCUGUCCCAGGGGUUCAGACUCCACCUCCCUCUUCCUUGCUCCUGAGCUUGCCCUCCUCAAGCAGUGGGAGGGAGUGGCCAAUGAGGCUUUAAUUCUCCUGCCUCAGAACAAAAUGUCUGAUGUGUUUUAAGAAGCAUGGCCUCCACUUCCCAACUGUGAAGUCCUACGAAGCCACAGUUGCUCUUGGCUGAAGGAAACCAGAGUUCCUUAAUCGUUUAUGAAGCAAAAAUGUUAAGGGAUUCUAAACACAUGGGUUUUUGUUUUUUUUUUUGUUCUUGUUUUUGUUUUUACUUUUUACCGUUUCAGUACAAAAGGCCCAUCUCAUUGUAGAUUCCUGUCUAAGAAGCCAUUCAAGUCAGCAUAUCCCUGGCGAUAAAAAGAACGAAAGAACCCUGCUGAAUCAUACAGUAAUUUUCUUUAAAGCACAUAGUAGUUACAUAAAUAUAUAUAUAAAUAUAUUUUUGUUUAUAACUAACACAAGGCAGGCUCUUGUGACUCUCAGUGCAUUUUGUCAUCCAGACAGAACAAAUGUGAGGUGCGUUACUGCAUACUUCCACAGAGUUGUAAGAUAAUCCUUCAUAUUAGAAUAUUUUUAUGUCACUUAGCAAAAGUGGUUCAGUGAGUGGCAGUACUGAUCAUUUUCCUGCCUCUUUGAGCCACUCUCCCGUUCAUAUCAAGCCCUUCCCUCCCUGGCGAAAUAAAGCAGAUGCAAAAAUCUCCUUCAAUGGAUCUGUCGUCCGCCCUGUAAUCACAAUCCGGAUUUUGAUACUCCCCCAUGAGUGAAGACAGGAAAGGCAUCCUUUGAGGAGGAAAGUGGUUAAUAUAUACACUGAACUCCUAAAGUUUAAAUUCAGGUACUAUGUGUACAAUUUUAUCAACAUCUCGACCCAUGAAACUUUUACCCCGUGCCAAGAAGCUGUUGGUUCUUGAGUGGUACCAUGUCCAACAUUUGCAGAUUCAGGUAUCCAGGAGCAGAGAUGUCUCGUAAGCAGCACUUUACAGUUUAGCAUCUGUACACGGUGUCUCCAUCAAAUGACAUCAGUCCACUAGCAGAAGAUCGUGUUUUACUGUCACAGUUGUCUGACGUAAACUCGUGAUAUUUUCCAUCAAGUGUAUUUUGCUUUCCAUUUUUAAGUACCUGAUGAGAGUGAUAAGUGUUUCCUAACAUGCUUAGAUAAUAAUUGCAAAAAAAAUUGACAAGCAAGGUGAUUGAAGGAUGUGAUGACAAUCUCUCUGCUAUAGUGACAUUCAUUUUAUAUGAAAUAACCCAACUUAUUUCUUGCGGAGUAAGCCUGGUCAGAUAGCAGUGACCAAAUGACUUGCCAAUGUAACUGGUGCAACCGGUAUUCUACAAAGACAUAGGGAACACAUAGACGAUUCCUUCUAGGAUAAGAUGAUGCUUCUUCCACUUGCUUCUGUCUGAGGCACGGCUUCCAAUAGCAGUUGAUUGACAGUUAUAUAAAUCCUGCAUAUAUAUAUAUACAUAUAUAUAUCCAACUCUGUAUGCAGUUCUUUGAACUAGUGAUGUUAUCUUUAUAGUCCUUUCAAAGCUCAUCUUCCUUUUUUGAUUCAAAAAAAAAAUUGACCAUUCUGUAAAAUCACAUUGAACUCUCUGAAUUGUUCAUUGAACUAGAGCACCCUGAAGUAGGGAAAACAUCUUGUAAGUAAAAAGUGCUGAAGUGUAGGAAAGCUUCCUAACCAAAGCAGGAGUUAAAGUUGGUAAGACGUUUCUGUUGCUUAUGAAUCUUUCAGCAGUGAGGAGAGAGGCUGGCUGAAUCCCGUUUUUCACUUUCAUGAAACUUUAAUUCUACUUGAUACUUCUGGUUUGUUCUUGCUGCCCGUUUACUGCAAAGGAAGAGCAAACACACACAAGGUUUCUGGAAAUUCAGAAUAGACUCUGAUGCUUUGGACUUUACAUACAUUACAUAUUAGAAGGGGUGCGUCUGCACGUUACAUAACAUAGUAUGAAUAGAGUUGAGAGAAAAUAAAAAUAAUUUUAAAAAUUAAGAAUAUCAAUGGAACACAUACCAGUGUCUGGAGAAGUCAGCUAAAUGGUGCUAUGGAGGGAGUUAUUUCAUCUUAAUUAUUUGGAAAAACAUUCAGUGAAUAUGUAAAAGUACCAAAAGUCAAGAAAAAUACCUUAAGCCAACCAGAUGGCACUGACCACAAUGUUGGUUUGGUUAUAAAAAUUUGGACUUGAAGAUACACCAAUUGAGAACUAAAAAUAAAUAAUAAAGUACAGUUUACCCCCCCCCCAAUUAUUAUUUUUGUUUGUGAUACCUGGGGCAGUUGCUAAUCUCUCUCCCAGGGAGCUUCUAGAGCUGUGCUGUCCAAUAUUAUAUCUACUAUCCAAAUGUAGCUAUUUAAAUUAGUGUAAAUUAAAUAAAAAUAAAAAUUCAGUUCUUCAGCGAAAUUUCAAGGGCUUGCUAGUCACGUGUGGCUUGUGGCUACCAUAUUGGACAACACAGAACAUUCGUGUCGUCGCAGAAAAUUCUAACUACACACUGCUGUAGAGGCCUUAUCUUUUAACGUCCCCUCCUUGAUGGAAACGAGGAGGGGGAAGAAGAGGUUUGGUGGUUUUGGGGCAUUGCUAAGUGUUUUUGAUUCAGAGGCAGUGUGGAGUAAUGGAUAGAAUGGAAAGACAGCUUUGAAGCUCAACUGUGUUAUCUUGGGAAAAUCACUUUAACCUCCAUGAGUCUCAGUUCACAAGUUGGGAAAAGAAAAAUAUUUUUUUGUCCUGUCUUCCUUGCAAAAUUAUUAUUCUGCAGAUUGACUAGAUGCAUAGAUACACAGACUUUUAAAACCUCUUGUCAAUAUGACCCAGGUAAAGCAUGUCUGUUGGUCUAGCACCAACACAAAUUUACAUUUUGAGGGAAAAAGUCCAUCAAUCCUAAAAACAUUUAAAGACAAUCCAGUCAAUACGGCUCUUGAGAAAAUGCCAAAGGAGAAUACACUCCAACCACAUAGCAAAAUUGCUUAAAUUCCUUUUUUUCUGUCUUAAUAUUUUCUCUUAAUAUUUCUAUAUUCUCUAAUUAGUAUAAUUUAUUCAUUUUGGCAAAAAAAAAUUUCUUAUGUUAUUUGCUUAUUCUGGGGAAGUAUAAAUUCAGUAAUGCCCUUGGUGUCUAUUGUCCAGGGCAAUAGGAAGGAGUUUGGCUGGAACCCAUGUUUUGAUUCAAGACACUUCCAUGAUAAGAAAUUAAUAUGUAAGUAAGGCUACCUGAAAAAUAUAUCCUAUGGUCAUGACUUCUUCCUCCUGUGAAAUGUUAUUUUGCAUUGUAUUUCUUCAGGCAUAUUUCAGAUAUUUUAUUAUGAUGUGUUUUAUUAACUCCCAAAGAUUGCUCUUGCUUUUACUUCCCCAGCCCCUCAGCUUUUGGCAUCAGCAUCCAGAUGCCAGAAUCAUGGGAGGUCAUCUAAUCUGACCUCUUCAUUUACAGAUCAGAAAACUGAGGCCCAAAGAGAUACAGUAAUUUUCCCAGUGUCAGAACUGUGUCUUGGUUGGUCAUUUGUGAUCCAGCUCUUUUUGCCUAAACCCCUCCAUCAGCAUCUAAGGCUGACCGAGCAGCUUAGAAGGCCCAGUCCAUCCCAAAGCAUUUGCUGUAUGGACUCUCCGCUCUGUCCUGUAAUUGGCCCAGUUCUCUAGAACACUGGACCAAUCUUCCUUUAUCAUGUGGCUGUCUUAAGGAUGGUGCCAUUUUUAUAACAAGCAGUGAUUUCAGGUUCUGGCCAGGGUCUGUUCUAGAGUCUUUUUUGGAGUAGCAUGUCCCUUUCCCUCACCCCUCCCUGUGGCCAUCAAUUUCUGUGGCAGUACAAUUUAUCUUGUGCUGUCUAAAAUUGUUCUGCCUUUGUUUCAUUUCUUCCCAAAUGUUCCUGAAAAUUAAUAAUCUUCAUAGCAGAUUUUCUCACCAAGUUAUCACAAUUCCUAUUUGCUUUUAAACUAUUUAAACCUAAGAUUUUCUGAGCAAAUAUUAUGAGGUCUGUGGCAUUACAUCUUACAUACUAUUUCCUUGUGUUUGUAAAGCACUUUACAUUUUACAGAGCACUUUGACUUAUUUCUUUAUUUGUUCAUUCAUUCAGCCACCCAAUUCACUUAAAUAUUUAUUGGGCAUCUUCUGGAACCAAGUUCCUGUGCUAGAUCUUGCGAUAUACAGUGAUAAAUACAAACAGUGGGCGAUCAGGCAUGUCCACUGAUAAUUGUAAUAUGGUGAAAGCCUCAAACAUAACUUUGUGGAUUGAUUGGAUCAACAUUACUCUCUUGAAUUUCCAUUUCCAGUUUCUGUUCUACUUAGAUAGGGAGCUAUCAAGUAUUUGCCUAAGGAAUGUUUCUGAAAUAUGAUACAUCAUUGUGCAUCUCUGCUGUUUGCUCUCUUUCAAAUGAUCUGUUAAUUUCAUUUCUGUGACUAAAAGUUACAUAUCCAAUGUUGUUUCACAUCCAGGAGGAGUUUCCAAUUCAUUUGAAUUCUUCCUGACCAGUUGUAGUAGUUCAUCAUCUUAUUCUAAUAUUUCUGUCAUGUCUUUGUGAAUUAUCAACUUCAUCAUUUCAAGGUCUUCCAGAAGCACCAGUGGAUCAAAGAAGCAUUUGCACUUUAGGUGUGUGUGGUUGUUUGUCAUUUAUUAGAUUUUCUCAGGUUUUCUCAGCCUCAGCAUUAUUGACAUUUUGGGCCCCAUGGUUGAGGGUGGGGGGUGGGAGUUGUCCUUGCACUGUAGAGCGUUUGGCAGCUUCCAGGGCUUCCAUUGACUAUAUGCCAGUAGCUCAUACACACACACACACACAGACACACACACCCCGGUUGUGACAACUAAAGUUGUCUCCAGACAUUGCCACAUGUCCCCUGGGGGAAGAUGGGGAAAGCUACUAGAUUCCCUAGUGAACAAAACAUAUCAGGAGGAAAAAAGAAACGUUUCUCUUUCUCUUGUCACUUAAUCUUCAUCAUGCAUAGGUUUUUAUUUAUAAUAAGUCUUGGCAUCAUGAACUCAUUGAAUUAGAAGGGACUAUUAAAGCCACCAGUUCAACCACAACCCAGCAUCGUCCAUAUCUAGUUCUCCAUCUCUCAGUUUUACAAAUGUAUUGAGACAAAAUCAGAGGGAAUUGAUGUGGGAAUUGACUUUCUCAUAGUGAGAGAGAAGGCUCUUUGGUGUUUGUUUUGCCCCUGAAAUAGCUGCUGCAGUGACUUUGGCUUCAGCUGGGGACAUGGUAUCACACAACUUUAGUAUCUCAGAGACUUCGAGGAGUUUUCUUUGAUUAUUUUGUCUCCAAAUCUUGCUCCAGCAUCUUUGCUUUCAAAUUGUGCUUAGAAGUUGAAGUUCAGUGUAUCUAAUUUUAAGUAUAUCAGGUUGAGCUUCUGACUUUUUUUUUUUUUUUAAUUCUCCCUCUGACUUUUUUUUUUUUUUAAUUCUCCCUCUUUGGGGGAAAAAAUAAAAUAAAAUUGACUCUUCCAAGUAACUGAAAGUCGGAAAUGUCAGAGUUGGAAUGUCUGAAUCUGUCAAGCCAAAGUUCCUGCUGAUUUGAUGUGCCUUAUGUCAGUUUUCCUGUGGGGUCAGUGAUUUCUUGUAAAUAACCCUGUGUUUGUUCUUGUGUUUAUUCUGCACCAAUUAGAAAACUUGAUGAAGUUCUAAAAGACAACCCUUUAAGAAUAUUCCCAGAAAUAACAACAACAACAAAAAAACCUGCCAACUGGAAUAUCAGGCCUCCCUCUAUUCUUUUGCUAAAAGACCAACCCAGACUUUGGAAACAUUCUUAAUUAUUUACUACAAGUUGCUAAUAUGGAUGCACAAUUGAAAGCCUUGAUUGUGAAGUCCAAGGCUAUAGAAUAUUGACAAGCACAUCUAGAGUGACCUCUCCCAAGACCGUGCUGGAAAUCAGAAAACUCCAACCUAGGAGACCCUCAAGUGUGCAUAUAAUUUCCUUCUCUACCACUGUCCUAUCAGACAACAUGGUGAUAGUUAAGGUUUUGAUUAAGUUGAUUUUCCAAUUUCAACUUAAACUGCAAUGUAUGUGCCUAAUUAUUUCCUGACAUACCCUUUAAACCACCCAGUUCUCACUGCUCUCACAAUGAUUAUUGCAAAGCAGUAAGAUGAUAAUUGUUCAAGUAAAGUCACCUAAUUUUUUUAAAUCAAAUCUCUAUAACAAAUUUACAAAAUACAUCAUCUCUGGCUUCUCAAUGUUAAUUCUUGUUAAUUUCCAGAUUGCUGUCCACACUGAGUCUGUGUCACUUUAAAUCCAGAAUAAAAAGCUGGAAAAAAAGUAAUGUAAAUCAGAUGCCGGUGCUCCUCUUUUUCUAAUUUCUAAGAUUUAUUAUCAUUUGAGAAUUAGUAAGAAAAAAAAGAAAAAAGGAAAAGAAAAGAAAAGGAAAAAAGCCUCUCCUAAUGGAAUAAAGUAAAAAUUUUUGACUUGGCAGAUAGUGAUGUAUUCACUUUAAUUCCAGUUGAAAACCUUCAGUGACUUCUCUCAUUACCACUGGAGUUUUGAUUUUUUUUAAAAACAGUCUCUCUCUUCCCUAGCAUUACAAAAAUAUAUAUAUAUAUUCAUCACCAAAAUACCGCUUACCAAUCAUGCAGCUAUAAACCAUUUGUGCCUAUCAAAUAGAUACCAGUUUUAGAUGUUUGCUCCAUGGGAAGAGGUUUAGGAAUGGGUGCAGGGGUAAUUCAUGGAAAAGAUAAAGGUCGAAAUGUGCUAUCAAGCAGAAUUUUCACGUUCUUCAGAGCAAUGUGCAAAUAAAUAUUCAAUGAAGAUCAGCUCAAAUUUAAGUCAUCCAGACAUUGAGACCCUGUGCAAGUUACAUUAAGAAGCAUGUGACAUACAGAAAGUAAAGGAUGUUCCCAGUGAAUCUAAAAUUCAAGUCAUUAUCCACCUGGACAUCUUCUAGGGCAUUAAUCCUGAAACCAUUGAAGCUUUUGCUCUAGCCAGUUGGGUUACUUAUGGGCAAGUAAUGACCAAAAAGGAACUUUUCAUUUAUCAUCCUCUGAUUUACAAGGCAUGACCCUGUUUUUUUGAUUCCCUUAUACCAGAGACCAUGAGACAGCCAGCUCCACACAGGCCAUAAAAUACAAUAAAAAUAAAAAUAAUUUUCCUGAGGAAAGGCUAAGAAAGGGUACUUUAUUCUGCAGACCCAGAGCUGGAUCCCUGGGCGGUUUGGCCAUCUUAGGACCUAGACAUCAGCAACCAUUUUAAAGGUGGUUUGAGCAAAAGUAUACUGAGUGUCAUAUUUUUUAGCAGGAAAAUAAAAACUCAAAUUAAGUGUCCUCUGCCAGUCUACUCUGAGAAUGCCAUCAAGUGAAAUUAGAGCUUCCCUAGCUGAAAAAUGUUAAAAUCAUUUCAGGAAAAUGAAUUUGGUUUCUUUAGACACAAACAUUUUGUGUUUAUUAUAACUAAAUCUCAGGGCCCUAGCUGAGAAGGGGAAAGCCGUUUCAUUGGUGGGUCAAAACAAAUCUCUCAUUUGCCUCUCUUGAGGCAUUUGGCCAGUGCCUGCGAAGUACAUUACUUUCCUGGGGGAAAAAGAGAGCCUUUUCUGGCAUGCCAGCUGGGAUCAUGGGAACGUCCGAUGCCAGGAAUUUACUACUGUUUCUGGUAACUCUGCUUGCAGUCAUUUGAAAUGCUGAAGGGUGGGGGAGGAGAAGUCGGGCACCCAGGGAGCUGUCUGUGUUUUAUGCCAGUUGCACCAGGCACAGAGUAUUUGUAAACGCUUUCCGAAGUGGGGAUAUUUGUAUCCUUUGUCAGAAUCACAAAGCUCGCUGUGGAUCCACUGAAAGAGAGCCCGGUGGGGGGGGGGGGGGAUCGCUGACCCUCUGCACCCAGUCAACCUGCACAAAAGGGAAGGCUGUGCGGGUGAGCCCAGCACAUGGCGAGUUUGUUUCUGUUUUCCACGGCCCUGGACUUUGGAUCAAGGACGUGUCUGUCAGGUGAAGGUUAAUUUUGCUGAGGUUUUCCAACACUUCAUUUAAUACUUGGAAACAUGAGCAUUUUGAAUUUAUUCCAGUCCUCCGGGCACCGUUCCGACUUCCUUUGCCAUGUCACCAAGACUCUGAAGACGGCGCUCUUUCAUGAUAAAAUUCCAUUCACAUGCUUGACAUACCUGAACCUGCAAAUGUGAAAGUGAUUGUAUCUGAAUUUGCACUAAUGUGUCUGAUAGCAGAAGACCUUUAUUGGACUCCUCUGUUUAAACUCAUUCAUUCAGAUGCCACGUACUUCUGCAAGCUUCUUGAUCAUUUUCACUGUAAGAGUAAUUAUCUAAGUUUGAAUGUAUUUCCUUACAGCCCAUUAAUUUUGCCAUCUUUUACCUGGAGAUCGUUAUGAUUGCAAUAAUCCCUUAAAGUUUUCCUCACACAGCUUCUUAAACAAAGUUUUUCUGCUUUUUCUUCUGGUCCUGCUUAUAGUAUGUGGGAAAUCUUUUUUUUUUUUUUUUUCCCUCUGUAAUAAUUUUGUAAGAAGCCAGUGUAUCAACAGCCAUUGUGACACAAUUCAUCUUUCCAGGUCUGGAAGCUGGUAGUGACCAAAUGCCACGUAUAUUCUCCCUGUCAAUUGCUAUUUUCAGAAUUAAAUCAUGUUUUUUUCACUUUCAGUUGGUUGGGGUCAACACAUUUGGGAUUUUUAGAAGGGGAAAAGGGAGCAUUUUGUGUAAUACUGCUGUCAUAUUUGACUACAUAUUAAAAACAAUAAAUGAUCAUUUUGUUUUAAUUUCUUAAA